AUGGAUAUAACACUGUCUGAUUCAAAUGUUGAGGUUAGCAAUCAUAUACCCGAUGAUAUUGUCUUCUCUAUUCUCUCCAAACUUUCUCUCAAAUCUUUCAAGCGAUUUGAAUGUGUUUGCAAAUCAUGGUCUCUUUUAUUUGAUAACCCUAUUUUCAUGACUAUGUUUCGCAACUAUUUUAUAUCUAAGAAUCAUUCUUAUUAUGAUGGUAUAUCUCUUCUCCUACAUCUGAAAGGCGAAAAUGCAUUGUACUCUCUUUCUGGUGAGAGAUUUGAGAAUAUAGUUAAAUUAGAUUGGCCAAAGCUUUCUCUGACAGAUUGGGGAGAUUGGGGAAACAGGUAUUCUUUUCACAUUUUGGGUCCAAUUAGUUUUGAUGGCACUCUUUUUCUCCAAUAUUAUAACAAUGAUGGUGAUCGAAAAUUUAUCUUAUGGAAACCGAGUACCACAGAAUUCAGGAUCAUUUCCGCUGAAUCUAAUUGUUUUCCUAAUGUUUGGUCCAAUCAAUAUCAAGUUGGUUAUGAUCAUGUUAAAGAUGACUAUAAGAUGAUUAGGCGCACUCAUUCUCCUCACAGAAAUAACCACCAGAUUUCCCCCUUCUGGGAGAUGUAUAGCCUGAACAAAAACUCUUGGAGGAAAAUUCAUGACAAUUUUCCUCACUCAUAUAUAUGUGGUGAAGAAGUGUACGUGAAUGGAGUGUCUCAUUGGUGGGAAAAAACGAAGAAACGUAUACAUCUGGUGUCAUUUGACUUCAGCAAAGAAUCUUUCAUUACAACAGCUUUGCCCUCUUACGCAGAUGAUGUUUUUGAUUUUAAAUCGACUAGGACGAGAAUAUUGACAAUAUUGAAUGGAUCUGUUGCUUUUAUGGUAAAUUAUGAAGAGACUAAUACAUUUCAUAUUUCAAUUUUGGGUGAGCUUGGUGUAAAGGAAUCAUGGACUAAACUCUUUAUUGUUGGGCCUUUACCCUGCCUUCAAUUGCCAAUUGGAAUUGGGAAGAAAGGAAAUAUAUUGAUCAGAAAGAAAGACAACGAAUUAGCUUGGUUUGAUAUAAGUAGAGGGACUAUUGAUGAGAUUGGUGUUGCAGCAAAAUCGCAUGGCAAGAUAUUAUUCUAUAAAGAAAACUUUCUUCCAAAUGGUGGAAUAUAUAGUAAAUUUUCUUUCAGAUUUUAA